AUGAAAAAGGUAAAAGGACAGCAACUGAUGGCUCCUUUGCCUGAUUUCCGAGUAACAAUCCCAGUGAGAGCCUUCAGUAGAUGUGGAGUUGAUUACGCUGGUCCGUUUUUUGUGAAGAUUAGCCGAAAGACCAGUGCGAAACGCUAUAUCUGCCUGUUUACCUGCACUACUAGCAGAGCUGUGCACCUUGAAGUCGCAUAUUCGCUCGACACAAGCAGCUUCCUGAAUGCGUUUUUCCGAAUGGUCGCGAGACGCGGGAAACCGGAGUUUGUCGUCUCCGAUAAUGGAACUAAUUUUGUUGGGGCGAACCGAGAGUUGAAGGAACUUGUCCAGGCAAUGGAUCAGAGCAAGAUAGUUGAUCAAGCAGCAAACGACGGCAUCGAAUGGAAAUUCAACCCACCCACCGGAUCUCAUCAUGGGGGUCUAUUUGAAUCCAUGGUGAAACAAGCGAAGCGGGCGCUGAGUGCUGUCGUGGAAGUCGAGGGAUUGCUUAACUCUCGACCCUUAAGCUAUUGCAGUGACAGUCCCAAUGAUCCCAACGUCUUGACGCCCAACCAUUUCAUUUACGGUCAGGCUGGGGGACAAUUGGCACCACGAGUAGUGGACAGCUUGGUCGUGAACCCACGGAAUAGAUGGUGCUAUGUCCAACAGCUCAUCUGUGACGUGUGGAAACGCUGGAUGAAGGAGAUACUCACAGACCUAAACAGAAGAGGAAAAUGGUACAGAGAACUCCAAGACGUUCAAGUCGAUGAUGUGUGUAUUCUGGUCAAUCAAACCAACCCUCGUGGAAAGUGGCCAUUGGGAGUGGUAACUGAGGUCUUUCCAGGAACCGACGGACACGUUCGUGUUGUGAAGGUCAAGAGCGGUGGCCAGGAGUAUAUCCGUCCGAAUACUAGAUUGUGCCCAUUUGUUGUGAAGAAAUAG